CCCGGACCACCCGCCGCUCCCAAGCCCGGAAGUUACACGUGGCCGUAGUCUUGCGUAACUUCCGGCGGGGCUUCCUUGGGACCCUGACGCGGAAGUGCCGGGGAGUACCUGCUGGUGUCACCUGCCCUCCAUGCCCCCCGCAGCCCCAAGCCCCCCAGCUGGGGCCGGAUCAUGAGCCUGCUGGGCGGCCUGGCUUCCGAGCCGCGCACCCCGCUAUCUAACAAGGCCAGGAUGAAAAAGCUUCCGAAGAAGAGCCAGAACGAGAAGUACCGGUUGAAGUACCUGCGGCUGCGCAAAGCAGCCAAGGCUACGGUGUUUGAAAAUGCUGCUAUUUGUGAUGAAAUUGCUCGUCUUGAGGAAAAAUUUCUUAAGGCAAAAGAAGAAAGAAGAUACUUGCUGAAGAAGCUCCUCCAGCUUCACGCUCUAACUGAAGGGGAACCGCAGGCUGCAGUUCCUUCCCACAGCUCCACUUUGCCCCUGGCUUUUGGUGUGGCCAGCUCUGUGGGAACUAUCCAGGGAACUGGGCCCAGCACUGGGGCCGAGGAACCAUUUGGGAAGAAAUCCAAGAAGGAGAAAAAAGAAAAGGGCAAAGAGAACAACAAACUGGAAGUUCUGAAGAAAACAUCCAAGAAAAAGAAAAUGGAGGGAGGUGCUCGCAAGCUGGUUCGGCCCAUUGCCCUGGAUCCCUCAGGACGGCCUGUGUUCCCCAUCGGACUGGGGGGUCUAACAGUGUAUAGCCUGGGGGAGAUCAUUACCAACCGACCUGGCUUCCAUGAUGAGAGUGCCAUCUACCCUGUGGGCUACUGCAGUACUCGAGUGUUUGCCAGCAUGAAGUACCCAGACCAGAAGUGUCUGUACACCUGUCAGAUCAAGGACGGUGGCGUGCAACCCCAGUUUGAGAUUGUUCCUGAAGACGACCCCCAGAACACCAUCGUCGGCUCCUCUGCAGAUGCUUGCUAUGAAGAACUGGUCAGGGCCAUCAGUGCGGCAACGGGGAAACUGAUGCCUAACCUACUUUCAUGUGGUGCUGAGUUCUUCGGGUAUUCCCAUCCAAUCAUCCACAACCUGAUUCAGAGUUGUCCGGAAGCUCAGAAUUGUGCCAAUUACCAGUGGGUGAAAGCUGACACCUGCAGACCCAGGAAGGGGCAGCUCUCCCAGGAACUGUCAGAGAGCGACGCGGCUGUGAGCCUGGAAGCCUUUCAGACACAGCCGUUUGAUGAUGACCAUGAGGACUCCAUUCUGCCAGGAUCCCUGGACCUGCCUGAGCUUCAGCAUGAAGCCUUUGUGUCGUCUUACCAGCCAGAGUUCCUGACACAUGAGCCCUUGGUGGACACUGACCUGCAGCAUCUCAAGUCUCCACCACAGUGUAGCCCAAUGCAGUCUUCAGACUGAAGAGGGCAGAUCCCACUUCAUUUCAUCAUCAUGAGUUUUUAACUUAAACUUACUCUAUGUGAAAGGAGGCAGCAAUUGAAAAGCAGAGAUGAUAUUAACACAUUUCACCGUGGCUGUUCCUGUGCUGACAGUGUACCCUGGGAUAAAACUUCAGUUGCUUUUAUUUUUAGUAAUAAAUAUCUCUUGACAGUUC